AUGGAUGUGUCACCAGGUCUGACCACCCCUCGCAAAGGUCUAGUCUGUAGACUUAACAAAUCAUUAUAUGGUCUAAAACAGGCCAGCAGACAAUGGUAUGAGAAAUUGACUGAAGCACUUCACACAAGAGGCUAUGUUCGUUCCCUCCAAUGCUACUCUUUGUUUUACAGAAAAAGAGGUGCAUCUUCUGUCUUCCUAAGUGUUUAUGUUGAUGACAUCCUACUCACAGGAAUAAACACUGCUGAAAUUGAUGAACUUAAAAGGUUCCUUGACAGUCAAUUUAAAAUCAAAGAUCUUGGUAGACUGCAUUAUUUUUUGGGCCUGGAAGUUUUGUACAAAGAUGAUGGGAUUAUGAUUUCUCAAAGGAAGUUUGUGUUAGACCUCCUCAAGAAAUUCAAAUGUGAUCACAUGACUCCUUUAUCAUCUCCUCUCGAUCCAAAUGUUAAGCUAAAAUCACAUGAAGGAAAGGCCCUAGAUGAUCCUACUUACUAUAGAAAAUUAGUUGACAAGCUGAACUUUCUUACAAAUACCAAACUUGAUCUUGCCUAUGGUGUGCAACUUCUUAGUGAAUACAUGCAGGAUCCUAUGGAGCCUUAUUUACAUGCUGCUUUUCACAUGCUAAGGUGUCUCAAGAAGGAUCCUACUCUAGGUGUUUUUAUGUCCUCAUCUGCCAAUUUUGGAGUACAAGCCUAUUGUGACUCUGAUUGGGCUGCCUACCCUGACUCAAGGAAGUCUGUUAGUGGUUGUAUUGUGUUGUUGGGAGAUGGUCCUAUUAGCUAG